AGGAAACUUCAAAGACAUAACCAAUUAUCGACCCAUAGCUAUAUUGUCAAGCAUAGAUAAAAUCAUGGAAAAAUGCAUAGUCACUCAACUAGGAAAAUAUUUACAACAGAAUAAUAUUAUUAACAAAUGUCAACACGGAUUUCUAAAAGGCAGAAGUACAAGUACACUGUUAUCUGAAUUUACUGAUGAAAUAAAUAAUUAUUUAGAAGAUAAAAAAAUUGUAAUAGCUAUAUUUUUCGACUAUAAGAAAGCGUUUGAUACUUUACAAAAAGAUACCCUUAUUAACGCGAUGGAGGAGUGCGGUGUGAGACAACCACUGAACAAAUGGUUUAGUGAUUACCUCACAGCGCGCUCCUACCGUGUAAAGGUGAGUGAUACUUUCAGUGACAGUGUGACGGUACGGAGCGGGGUACCUCAAGGAUCUGGAUGUGGUCCUAUUUGUUACCUCAUGCAUGUCAACAGCCUAUGCGGAGUGCUGCGUCAUUGCUCGUCAUACAUGUACGCAGACGAUCUUUGCAUACUCCGCGCCGGAACCGACAUCCAAGAAACUUGUCAGCUAAUCCAACGAGACGUAGAUGCGGUAGUCAAAUGGUCACAUGACAAUGGGAUCAUUUUAAACGCUGAUAAAACCAAACUUCUCGUCAUUAGAUCACCAUACACACACCUGUCUAUUUCUACUCCUACACUAAUAACUCAUGAAUACUCAUGCUUUCAUAAUGAUUUGAAAAACUGUCAAUGCAAGCCUAUUGAAGCUGUUAAUUCUGUUACAUAUCUCGGUGUUAAAAUUGAUGAAAGUUUUUCAUGGUCUUGUCAUAUAGAUUAUAUUUGUAAUAAGUUAAGAAUAUUGCUUAGUAAGUUUUAUCAUUUAAGUUACAAAGUUCCUAUAAAUAUUUUAAGAAGUCUGUAUUUAUCCUUAGUUGAAUCAAUAAUAAGUUAUGCUCUUGACAGCUAUGGCCUAACCUUUAAAACUUACAUUAAUAAAAUAGAGUCAUUACAAAUAAGAUUUCUCAAGUUACUAGUUACAAAAAAGACCAAAUUAAAUUGCAAAGGUGAUUACAAGAAGUUAUUUAAAAUAUGUAACAUCCUACCGGUUCAUUUAAAACAUAGAUAUCUCUUAGCCAUAAAUCAGCACGGCAGGAAAGAGCAUGACUUAUCUAUUGUAUCAAAUACAUACAAUACACGGUCUAUGCCUGCCGGUAAAUAUAAUGUUCCAAGGGUUCAUAAUUAUUUUGGUGAUAGAACUCUAAAGAAGCGUGUACCAUAUGUGCUCAACAGUUUACCGGCAGACAUCAGACAAGAAAAUAAUAGAAAACUCUUUAAAGUUAAGUUAAAAAAGUAUUUUCAUAAAAUAAUUGAGUAGCGUAAUACCAUUAUAAUAUAUAUUGUAGUAGUUUAAAAAAAUUAUAAAUGUAUAUUUAUAUAAGUUUAUGUAAGACAAUGCGGCUCAUCACCCACAGUCAAACCGAUAAACCGGUUUUGUGGGAAAAUGUUUAUUUUAAAACUGUACAUUUUUGAAAUAAUAAAUAAAAAAAUAA